UUCCUCGGUUGAUGUUUCUUUGAUGUAUCUUCAUUUUGGAUGACUUUGUUGAUGGGGACUGAUUUUAUAAGUAAUACUUAACUUCUUAUGUUUCAGUGGGACAAACAAAUAUUAUUUCUAUCUGCAGUAAAACUUUGAGGUUCAAAGGGGACUAAACCACAAUAUCACCACGACUCAAUCAUGUAUAGAUCAUUUCUGAGAUGUGAUGAUCCAAAAGGAGUAGUACAAUGUGGAACAAUCAGGAAAUACAGGACUCGUUCUCACAAAGUGAAGGACAAGACAAGAAUCCAAAAGACAGGCGAAAACUUGGAGACAUCCUUGUCCUUGAUGAACAAAAGAUACAAAGAAGACAAAAAGGUCUUAAAAGGAUGUGAUGGAAAUCUCAUUGGUCCAUCAUCUUUGCAGCUCACACAAGUCUACGGAGGGGAUCAAAGUUUGAAAAACAUGCUAAAUUCAUGGUCUAGAGAUAUUAUGUGUGAUGGAAAGUCUGAAGACAUUGCAAAAGGAGCUCUUGGUCUGCAAGACUCUCUAAUCAUGCUUCGCAAGUUGCAAGAGGAGGCUUCACCACAUUCAGCUUCUUUUAGGAGAAAACGGACUAUGAAACCUGUAAGAGACAGAAUUGAUGCAAAGAUGGUUGGUAGAACGCAGGCUAAACCAUUUGGGGAACAAAGUAAUCCAAAGGGGUUUCAAAGACCACAGCCUUCAGCUGGUGGUUCUUCAAGUAAUUGCCAAGAGGAACUUAAGAAGGUGAUUAAGGAGAGUUUGGUUAGGCAAAAUAUGUUUCCAAAGACCUCUGAAAGAUUAAAUUCAGGCUCAGAAACUUUUUCUACCAGCACAAGCCAAUAUUCUGCUGUCAGGACUAACAGCCUUUUUGAUCCUUCUUUGUCAGUAAUAGCUUCAAAGAUGGAAAGAGGACCAGGCCUAAUUUUCAAGCUGAUGGGUUUAGAAGAAGCCCCCUCAAAAUCAUUUCCAGCUGUUAAGCAGAAACAGUUGGAUAGUGAGAUAGAUACGUCAAAGGUAAGAAAGAAUGAUUCUGUAGCUGAGAAGGUUAAUCCAGAAAAAAAGGCCCUGAGGGAAACUCUUGACACCAAACAUUUCAAAGGAAUUUUGAAGGAGAGUUUUGUCGAAGAGCCCAAGCUUCAUGUGCAUCAUUUCAAUGAUACACAUUCUAAGCAGUUUGGUGAUUUAUCUCAAAUUGCACUUAUGAAACCUCAAUGUACUCUUUACCAGGAAUCAGUAAAAAGUACCUAUAUGCCAGUUCCUCCAAAAGAGUUACCCAUAACAAAACUGAAACCAGAAAUAGCCUCUUCCAAAACUAUCAAACAUAGAAAAGGUUCCAGUUCUACCACCAUGGGAAAAGAAGAGGUUAUGAAACUGGAUGCAAAAGGAAUCAAUCCUGUUGAAGAAUCAUCAGGUAAGGUAAAGCUGUAUUGUUACAUUGGUCACACAUCACAGGUAAAUGAGACAAUUGGUCAAAAUUGGAAGGUACAGACCAUUAGUAGAAAACAGCCAGAGAAGGAUAUCUCACAACCUAGAAUUGUGACAACAAGACCUCAAUAUCAACGAGGAAUCCCCUCCACAAAAUUGAGGAAGCUAAAAAGUGGGUCCAGAAUCGACAAGAAUGAGAUUUCUUGCUUAAAGAGAACAGGUAUAAAGAAUCGGAUGAUGAACCAAAGCCCAGUUGCUGAGCCUGAACCAGCUAAACUAACUGUUGAACAAAUCAGGAAGGGAGAAGAGCAAAAAGUUUACACUGAGAUUAGUGCACUAGAAGAUGAACUCCUGAAUGUGUGUGAAGCAGAUGCCUACAUAAAUAAGAUUGGAGAAAAAUACAAGCAGAGGAAGAGUUUUUCAGGCGAUGACAUUAUUAUGCUGCUCAAGUCUGAACAUGAAAAUAAUGCUAUCACUGCUUAUAGCAUUAACGCUGAUAAAGAGGGGACUGAGCUGAAACAUUUUCUUUUAACCAGUCCAUCAUUCAUUGGACAUGCAAAGAAGCUCUUCAAUCUUGAAGUUGAUUGUCCCAACACCCUACAAAAGGAUGAAACUAUUUACAGCAUGGCAAAUCUCAGGCUUUAUUUGGAUUGCACGUAUGAACUCGCUGAGCGUAAAAGCCUUCAAGAGUCACAAGUAGUUCGUUCUUUCUUGCUCGCUUGUGGAGGGAACUCAAGAUUACACUUCUCCUUAGGCAGGUUGGUUGAAGAAAUCUGUGAUGGCAUUGAGAAUCUGAAAUUUUACAAAGAAGAUUCCGGGGAGGAAGUUUUUGCAGGCAAUGAUGUCUUUGCAAUGAUGGAGAAAGACAUGAAGUGCAAUGGAGAGAUAAACAGUAUGUGGGAGAAGGGUUGGAGGCGAGGAUUUUCUGCAGAUGAGGCUGAACUAGUUGUCAAUAAAAUAGAGAUCCUGCUUAUGAGUGGAUUAAUUGAGGAGGUUUUUAUAAAUUUAUGAUUAAAUCACAUUUCAGUAUCUUCACCAGUUCAACUUGUAGAUAAUAAGAACUGACUAUACAAGAGUUGAAUGUUAAAACAGUUGUCUUAUAGUUGCAUAGUAGUUUUGGAAUGAAAAGUUAGUAAUCUAUAAAUAUUAUUUCUA